GAUACGAAGGGUGUUAAAAAGUACCAGGAAAAGUGUUCUAAUAGUUUUAUUUCUGGUCCUGUUUUGCAAAAAAUUGAAAAUAAGAUAGAUAAGAACAUACUAGAUGUAAAUAUUUAAAUUACAUUUUUCAGAACAUGUCCAUUAUCUUUUUGUCGUCUCUAAGACAACGUCACUACCACUUAGGCAACCCAACGUCAUUAUGACGCUGUCAUAUCACCUUUAAAUGAUCAAUACAACCCGUGAUUAACAGUGGUACAAUGUUUCUCGUCAUUAAAAGCAUUUUCUACACCAUCCUUCUGUUCAUUUCCUGAUUUUUGAAGGUACAUAAGAAAUGAGUGCAUUAAAAUUUUCUCCUGGUAUUUAUUGAAGAUACCUCGUAUAACAUUUGUGUAUUCAAGUGCAUAGCAUUACAUUGGUUCACCUUGAAAUAUCAUACGAAAAAUCAAACUUAUUAUCAUUAAAACGUUAGAAUAUGACCUGGAGUAAAAGGGAUAGGCAGUAUUCACACGGUCGGUUUAAAGAUAAAACUUACAUGCCUAUGAGAAAUAGCUGAUAUCAUUUAGGUAUUCAGGCACGUAGCAAGACAGUGGUGUACCUUGAGUUGUUUUUGCAUCAUGAAUACGUAUUUUGAGAACAAACUAAAGUUAUAGUAAUAAGGUGAACAAUUACAUACCUGCACUGUACAUAUAGAUAUUCAUAAAAAAACAUUCUGCCUUUACUUGUUUAUUUAAGCUCUUAGCAACAUAGGGUUCCACCUUGAAGUAUUUUGAAUCAAAGGAAUAAACAAUCAUAAAAAAGCAUUUUUUUUUUAUUAACUAAAUCAUGAUAUUAAACCAUUCCUGUAUAUACUUUACAUCUAGUGGAAUAGAAUAUUCAUUCAGGUGCGUAGCAACACAGACAUGUAUCUGAAAAAUAUUCGAAAUGAAUUUCGCAUCGACAGUGUAUUCGGGCGUGUAGACUCACAGGGGUGUACCUUAAAAUAAACAAGUUUCAAGAAAGUAAAGUUAUAAAUAAGAAUAAGCCAUCAAUAUGUAAAUGGUAAGAGAUAAAUUCGGAAUCUACUGCUAUAUAAGACUAGCAGCACAUUUAAAACGUAAGGAAAUUACUAAUACAGUCACACGGGUAGAGUAAAUUUAAGAUAUAUCCUGCAUUGUACGUAUAGAUGUUCAGAAAUAAAUUCAAUAUCAACUGUUUAUUUAAGCGUGCAACCGCACAAGGGUGUACUUUAAAAUAAUAUCAUUUCAACAAAAUCAAAUAACUGUAAAAAUUAAAGUAACCCACACCUCUUGGUGUCAGAUUUUAAACAAGAAGGCCAAGAUGGCCCUAGGUCGCUCACCUGAGAAACACACCAUAACAGUGUAAAGACGUUUCACCUAAUGAUUUCGUGGAAAAAAAUAUUCUGACCAAUUAUCAUUAAAAUUGGAGCGAAAAUCUUAAGUAUAAACAAGUAUUUUCUUUGAUCUGAACUAGUGACUUAGUUUUUGAUCCCAGAUGACCCAUAUUCAAACUUGACCUAGAUUUCAUCAAGGCUAUCAUUCUGACCAAAUUUCAUGAAGAUCAAUUGAAAAAUACAGCCUCUAUGGCAUACACAAGGUUUUUUUUAUUUGACCUAGUGACCUAGUUUUUGACCCCAGACUAUCCAUAUUCGAACUUGACCUAGAUUUUAUCAAGGCAACAAAUCUGACCAAAUUUUAUGAAAAUCCAGUGUAAAAUGCAGUCCCUAUUGCAUACACAAGGAUUUUACUUGAUUUGAUCUAGUGACCUAGUUUUUAAACUCAGAUGACCCAUAUUCAAAUUUGACCUAGAUUUCAUCAAGGCUAUCAUUCUGACAAAAUUCCAUGAAGAUCAGUUGAAAAAUAAAGCCUCUACCGCAUACACGAGGUUUUUCUUUGAUUUAACCUAGUGACCUACUUUUUGAACUUAGAUGAUCCAUAUUCCAAAUCUACCUAGAUUCCAUCAAAGAAAUUAUUCUGACUUAAUUUCAGGAGGAUCAAUUGAAAAAUACAGCCUCUAUUGCAUACACAAUGUUUUCCUUUGAUUUGAUUUAGUGACCUACUUUUUGACCUCGGAUAACCCAUAUUCAAACUUGACCUAGAUUUCACCAAGGCAUUCAUUCUGACUAAAAUUUAUGAAGAUUAAUUGAAAAAUACACCCUCUAUCGCAUACACAAGGUUAUUCUUAGAUUUGGCCUAGUGACCAAGUUUUUAACCCAAGACGAUCCAUUUUCAAAUUCGACUUAGAUUUGAUCAAGGUUAUUAUUCUGACCAGAAUUCAUGAAGACUUAUUGAAAAAUACACCCUCUAUCGCAUACACAAGGGUUUUCUUUGAUUUGACCUAGUGACCUAGUUUUUGACCCCAGAUGACCCAUUUUCAAACCUAGAUUUUAUCAAAGUAAUCAUUCUGACUAAACUUCAUGAAGAUCAAUCGAAAAAUACAGCCUCUAUCGCAUACACAAGGUUUUUCUUUGAUCUGACCUAGUGACCUAGUUUCUGAUCCAAGAUGACCCGUUUUCAAACUAGGCCAAGAUUUUGUCAAGAUAAUCAUUCUGACCAAAUUUCAUGAAGAUCAGUUGAAAAAUACAGCCUAUAUCGCAUACACAAGCUAAAUGUUGACGAACAGACGACUGACAGACGCCGGACAUAGAGCGAUCACAAAAACUCACCUGAGCAUUGCUCAGGUGAGCUAAAAAUCAAACGUUUGCUUUAUUUACCUAUAUGCUGCAUAUUCGAUGUUCUUACAAUGUAUUUUCAUCAAAUUCUGAUAACGGUUUCACGGUUUAUAAAAAAAAAAACGGAAUUCCCGUCAACAAGCAUCACGUGAUUUUCAAAUGAGCGCACACGUAUAGGUAUCGCACACUAUUGUGACGUUUUCAAAAUAAAAACAAAAAACAAUAACAUAAAAUGAAGUCAGUACACUUAGUACGUUAACGAUGAGGUCAGUGAUUUCUCGUUCGCCUAGUUCGGUUACAGUGUUCAUAUUAUACUUUUUCGUCGUGAGUUCGAUUCCCAGACCCGUUAAAUUUUGUCUUUAUUUUUGUCUUCACUACAACUCAAUGAAGACAAAACGCGUUAGUAAAUCUAGUUCUAACAUGUUCACUAAAAUUAUAUGUCACAACUGACACGUGAUUAUGUCUAAUUACACUCCAUCUUUAAUAUGAUCUAAUAUUUUUAAGCUUUCCUGCGACAUUUUUAAACCUGCACGGGUUCGUUUUAUAACAAUCUUUCACUUCACUUUAAUACAAGCAUUGCCCGGGUUUAUAAAUCUAACAAGAAAGCUUAUAGAAACACAUGAGAAUUAAUUGUUUUUCUUAUUUUUCCAUUCCAAAUUGUAAAACAUUUUUAAGGACGGAGGUAAACCUUAGAGUUUAUCUUACAAAAUAUAUUCAAAACAUUUCUGUACAUUGAUUGUGUACAAUGUACAUGUAUUGAAAUACAAGAGCUGUGGGAGAAUAGCAGCGCUCGACUAUUCAACAGCCUUGUCAUUAAAGAAAGUUAGUUGAAUGAACACUGAUGCUGAAAACGGGGAAUAAUUUGUAAAAAUGCAGAACAGAACUAUCGAACCUGAUCAGUGCAUGUCAGACCAUCACAGUGUUUAAAAGUUUAAUCCAUUUCCAUGAAUUCUGAGAUACCGGCUUGCACACAAAUACGUAACCAAUAAUUGCAAAGUAGAAAAAAGGGCACUAUAAGGAAAAUGUGCAAUGCAUGUCAUAUCAUCUCAGUACACAAGUGUGUGAACCAUUUUAUUUUUAUAUUUUCAGUAACAUGAUCUUGUUUUUGACCUAGAAUAUAACUAAAAGCAACUUCUUCAAUUCCAGUUUGAGCGGCUACAAUACUCUUUUCUUGACUUAGUUACUGAGCACAAGCAUUUUUUUACUUUUAGUAACAACAACCUUGACCGCCCCAGUGACCAGAACGCAUACCUCAGUCUCAAAUUCAUCCUUCACAGAGUCGUGUGAAACAACAAAACGUACGUGGGAUAUUGCUUGUUGCUCCAGUUCUACAGAAGGAAAAGAGAAACAAUGAAAUCUUACAAAGUCUAUGUAUAGUCCAAGAAGGAAAGUUUUUGAAAAGUUUUGAAAUAAUUGAAAAAUGUUCAAAGUUAUAUUAUUAUUUAUUGCUGGAUGUGAACUUCGUGUUUAUUAGUUAACAAAGAUUAAAGGAAAUGGAGGUACGAGUAAAGACAAUAUGAAACAUUCGAGGAUCAAGAUUUUCUGUUUAGACUUAGUAUCAAAGUUGACGUUCCUUUCUGGUCUCAGUUAGACGUCAUGUUUUAAAACAAGACAACAAACCGUUAUAUCAUAAACGAUUUGAACGUUUAUUGCACGGAUAUGACAACUGACACAGUCAACGUACAGAGUACUUCCGUUUAUGAAGAUUACUAUAACUUCGACUAUGGAGACGAAUACAUGUACCCCGGUUACCAAUUUGAAAGGCCGGUCUAUUUGUAUCUUUGGGAAAUUUUGGUAAUCGUAACUUUCAUUCAAAACCUUCUGAUUUUAUCAGUGUUUAUGCGCAGAAAGAUGCGCAAUCCAACAAACAUAAUUUUCUCUGCGAUAGCUAUUUCCGAUUCUCUGACUGGACUGGUAACUCUGCCAACUUACAUCAUGGUGUUCCAGAGGUACGAUCCAUUACCAGUCUCUUACUAUGAGGAUAAUUUUGCGAACGUGUCUGAAAAAGUAUAUUACGAGCAGAAUAGACUUUUGAACAAUAAUCUGUAUUCCAAUAACUCAGCUUUUAACAACUCGGUUUACAAUAAUACCGUCUCUGUUUAUUCAAGUGAAAAUCCAAAUAGUUUUUUUUUAACGACAACGUUCAGUUCUAGUUCAGUAGUCAAUGCUUUAGAAACAUCGUCAUCAGCAGUGUACCAUUCAGCAACACAUUCGCCAUUGGACGGAUAUAACCUCAGUAAAAAUCUUUGUCGUGGAUUUAUGAUCUCAAAAUACUUUUUUUCGAAAUCAUUCCAUACUAUCUCAAUAUUUCUGACAUUGUUCCUUGAAAUACAAAGAUACGUGUCCAUGGCAUAUCCUUAUAGAUAUGAAACGUGUUGUAAUAAAUCUAGGAUUGUGAAAAUAUAUUGUAUAUCUGCAUUCGUUUUGUGUCCAUUUCUCCACUCGUAUCAUUUGGGAAGCGAAAAGGCAAUAGGAGGAAUGUGUCAAUGGGAACUUCGUGGAAAUGGCUGCCGAAAAGACUGUAUAUAUUUAUGGAUAGCAUUUGUAGUGCGACAUUUCAUUCCAUGUGUAAUACUUGUGAUAUUUACACUAUUGUUUAUACAUCAGCUGAGAAAAGGAGAGAAAAGCUUUCGACGAAUGGACAGUAACUCGUCACAGUAUUCCAGAAGGGUCCAUGAAAUCGGCGUUUUACUUUUAUAGUAACUGCUGUUGUUGUGGUUCGAUUAAUUCCGAAAUACCAUAUAGCAUUUUUCUGUUAUUUAAUAGCAUUGACGUGACAGUUAAUAUGGGGAAAGACAUAGAUCUUGAGACGAACAGAAUUUUUCAUAUGUGCUACGAAUUAUGUCUGAUAUGUUCGUUUCUAGCUAACUUCUAUAUAUAUUUAGUUUUCAAUAAGUCGUUUCGAAAACGCCUGUAUCGAACAUUUAUUGAACCUGUCAGGAAACAAUUUGGUGUUUCAUUAAGGCUGCACGAGUUUCAAUCAUCGCAACCUACCAGAAAACUUACUAUUAAAUUGACAGGUUCAGUUAAACCUGGAGAAGAGAUUGAAAUGAAAACUAUUCAUUCCGAAUUUUCUGACAAACUUGUCAAAAUCGGAACGAAGUGAAGGGACAGAUGCUGCAAAAUUCAGAAUAUCGUUAAAUGUAUUCGUAUCUUAAUGAAAAUAACUGAUUUCUGUUUACUUAGUAAAAGGUAUUAGUUCUACUUCUUUUCACGUGAUUGUAAUAUAAACCAUGAAGAAGUUACUUACAUGUAUUAUUGUUCAUUUUGAGACUGAAAAUAUUUUCGACCCACGUCUUUUUGUUUAAAAUAAUUCAUAAAUAACCCUGACAUUGUAAAGAACAUUUUUGUUUUCAAAAGUAGAUGGUGUUAAGAUAAGGAUAAAUACAGCUGAGAUGACACCUCCUUAAAAGUAUCAAAUUUACAUUCAUGUUCAUGUUAGUCACUGUAUUAUUAUUACUAUUAUACCAGAUUUAUAUAGCGCCCUUUUCACGUUCAAAGGCGCUUUACAUAGUUCAAAUGCAGCCACACAGGGCGCAUAAUUCAUCCUCUACUAGUACAGACACAGAGCGAUCUGACCAGAGGGACAGAGUGAGACAAAGCCCCCACGACAGAGAGAUCAGAAAUCAGAUACAGGCUUGUCCGGCUAACUUAGCCUAGCUCGUUGCGAAUAGACAGCCUGGUUCUUUAACGUGACCAGUGUAUAGCACUGAUACACGCAAGGAUUGCCUAGGUUCCUGACCAGUACACCUCUAGUUGGGUGGGAAACACUGAAAAGCGUUUCUGAAAAUUCCCGAGUAGCUGCCGGGGAUCGAACCCCCGACCUCAGGAUUGGAAGGCCAGUGUGCAAACCACUGAGCUAUCCGUCCACCUACUGUAUAUGAGCUUCAUUCGAUUACAUUAAUACAUAGGCGUAUCAUUAUAAUACUAUACUGACGCAAGACACAAACUUUCAUUUUAUUUCUUUUAGGGAGUAAACAGAUAUACAAAUUUGAUUUAGGAUAUUUGUCUGUCAACAUGAUGCAGCGUGUUUCGUCACAUUCAUAGAUGUAUGGCACAUUAAAUGACUUAGGUGUCAAAACUGAAAUUUACAGUUUUAGAAUUGUCA